UUUUUUGUGCUUAGUGAUCUUAGUCCUUUAGUCCUUUACGGCUUUACCUAGUCUAUCUCUAUCAUUCAGAAAAAAAAAUUCGGUCAUUAAAACUGUAUAAGUAGUUAAUUCACYAAAAAUGUURUCCCUGAAUAAAAUUGCUAAAUGCUUCUUGUCAAAUUCAAGAACUUUCCAGACGGCUGCGGUYCUCAAACAUGAUACAAUGUUCAAUCAUAGGGAUACAAAGGAGGAUAAUCUGGAUAUCAAAUUUGAGUUCAGCAAUGAAAACAAAAAAAGAAUUGAUGCCAUACUAGCAAUAUAUCCAGAAGGUCAUAAGCGAGCAGCUAUGAUACCACUGUUGGAUUUAGCUCAAAGACAACAUGGUUGGUUACCUAUAUCAGCUAUGCACAAAGUGGCUGAUAUAUUAGACUUGCCUAAAAUGAGAGUGUAUGAAGUUGCAACAUUUUACACAAUGUUUAUGCGAAAGCCAACUGGCAAGUAUCACUUGCAGGUAUGCACGACAACUCCUUGCUGGUUGCGAGGUUCAGAUGACGUUAUGUCGUGUUUAAAGAAAAAAUUAAAUAUUGGUGUAGGAGAAACUAGUAAGGAUGGUCAAUGGACAUUGUCUGAAGUAGAAUGUUUGGGUGCAUGCGUCAAUGCUCCAAUGAUGCAAGUCAACGAUGAUUAUUAUGAAGAUUUGACUACAAAGGAUGUUGAAUCUAUAAUUGAUGACCUAAAGAAUGGAAAAACYCCUACACCAGGGCCCAGAUCCAGUCGGUAUGCAUCAGAGCCAAUUGAUGGAUUAACAUCAUUGAAAGAAGAACCCUAUGGUCCAGGAUUUAAAGUACGACCAGAUUUAUAAGUUACAAUACUCUAGUAUGAUCGGAAUUUGUUUUUAAUCUUGUCGCAAUAUGUGAUUAUGUAACAUUAGUGUUUUUUUUUUUUUUUUUUGGCCUUACAUGUUAAAUAAUUUGAAAAAAAAAGAAAUUAUUCUGCCUGUAAAAAAAUGUAUAUGAUUAUUUAAUAUACAAUUGUAAAAUUAAAGAUCUCUUGUAUCAUGUAGGUU